UUCGGUUGGGCUCGCUAGGAAAUGACCUAAGAGGAAACCCUCCGAGUUUGCAAGCCAUGGAAAGAAUUCGUCUUUCGUGAAAAGUAAGAGGAAUUGCCCGGGGAUCUGCCUGCUGGCAUCGCCUGGGCGCUUUUCCUGGCGGCGGGGCGAAGAGAGGAAGGAUGCCCAUUUUGCACCUGCACUCCAUGCUCGAGCUGCUGCCUUUCCUGCUCCUGCUGCUGCUGUUCUUGGCUGUGGGCUUCUUCCUGAUCUACCUCCAGCGACCCGACCCAGAAACCAAAAAGAAUUAAUGAGCGUAGAUUGGGGAGGGUUUGGGGGCUGCGAUUUCUCUGCCAACUAAAAAAUGCAGAUGCUCCUGUCCUGAGACGGGAAACGAAGACCCAACAGUUUGCCGCUGUGUGCUGCUUCCCUGACCUAGCACCACUGAAACAGAGCAAGAAAUGGGAGACACAGGCAAAGAAGAGUAUAAAAUACACUCAUUUGAUGUAGAGAGUCAGCAGUUAUUGAAAACAGCCUUCAAAGACCCCAGCAGUGUAGACUUGGAGAAAGUGGCCAAUGUAAUUGUGGAUCAGUCCCUCGAAGACUAUGUGUUCAGCAAAGAGGCCGGGCGUAUCUGCUAUACCAUCAUUCAGGCAGAAAGCAAGCAGACUGGCCAGAGUAUCUUCCGGCGAAGCCUUCUCAACCGACUUCAGCAGGAAUACAAAGACCGUGACGAACUGCGAGGCCGUUCCCUCCAGGCCUGGGUCUGCUAUGUCACCUUCAUCUGUAACAUCUUUGAUUACUUGAAGGUAAACAACAUGCCAAUGAUGGCGUUGGUGAACCCAGUUUAUGAUUGCUUGUUCCGACUGGCCCAGCCUGACAGCUUGCAGAAGGAAGAAGAGGUGGACUGCCUGGUGCUGCAGCUGCACCGCAUCGGGGAGCAGCUUGAGAAGAUGAACUCCCAGAGGAUGGAUGAGCUCUUUUCCCUCCUAAGAGAUGGCUUCCUGCUGCAGGAGGGGCUCAGCUCCCUUUCCCAGCUGCUUCUGCUGGAAAUCAUUGAGUUCCGGGCUGCCGAAUGGAAAAUGACAGACGCAGCCCAGAAAUACUAUUACAGCGAAGUCACAGAUUGAGCAGGCUGUCGCUAUCAUCUGCUCAGGCUACCCAGAGGCAGGAUUUGAAUUCCUACUCUGACUUCCUUUCACCAGCAAACUUCAAACCAAACAAACGCUGCAACUAUUUUUGUUAACUUUUCUUCCCCUAGCACUUUUUGUACAUAGGAUGUAUCAUGCGCUUGCAUAAUAGUCCCUUUAUUCUGGGUAACUAGUGGCUGAAAUUGGGGAGAGGGGGGUGCAGCCUGAUUUAGGAGGAAAGGAUAUAAUUUCAGAACUGCUGUCUGGCAUGGCCUUGCACUAAAUAGCGACCUGUCAGUCACAAACUGAGCUGGCCUUUUCUUUGUAGAAUUGCUGCCUCCUGAAAACUUGCUUGCAGAUGCUGAUUGGAAUGUGUGCAAGGCAGUGGUUUAAACCUUGGCAGAGAAUAAUUCUAUGGACAUUAGAAACCCUCUUCAGCCUCUUCUUGGUGAAUUAUUCUUUUAAUAGUGUUGAUAGCUGAUCUUCAUUUACCUUUUGGUUGAGAAGGGGAAAAAACUAGCAGAUAAUUUUAGCUUCCUUUUGAGCCAUUUGCUUCUUGGGUGUAGAUUGUCAUUAUGAGACAGGAAUGACAUCUAGGCAAUUUUACCUCUGCUCUGAGUUUGGUCCAAGUCCCAAUUUCCUUUCUACCAUCCACUAACAGCAGCUAGUUGCAUCACACUUCCUAUUGCUGGUUUGUUAAUGGAAAACGUGCAGCUUUUCCAGCAAAUUGUCACUUCUAGGCGCCUUCCGCACACACAGAAUAAUGCAUGUUCAAUCCACUUUCAGUGUACUUUGAAUUCAGUGUACUGCAUUUGAAUUCAGUGCACUGGAUUUUACCGUGCAGAAUAGCAAAAUCCACUUUCAAACAACUGUGCAAGUGGAUUGAAUGUGCACUACGUUGCAUGUGGAGUAGGGGCCCUAUUGAGCAAACAGGUGGAACUAGCAAUGAUUAAAUAUACCAGCAUCACUGCCAUAAAUUAAAUGCAGAUAGUAGGGUGUGCCAUCCCUUUGUUUUGCAUCCUGAAAAUAAGAUGUUUGAAAGCUGAGAUUCUGCUUAGAGCCAACUCAUUCAGAACGUAGAGGCACGGAACUGAACCAUUUCAAACUGCAGGGAUGCAUGUGUGCCUACCAGAGUGCUCCUCCAAACUGUCCCUGAUAAUAGAAAACUAGCGUAGCCAUGCAAGAAGGCAAGGCUCAUCACACUGCCAUGCUAAUUUUAUCCAGGCAGGGCUUUUUUCUAAAAAAAGAAGGAAUAUGCCAUCACGUCAUCUUUUGUGGUCAGUCCGCAGUCACAUUUUAGGAGCGGGUAAACCUUGCAGUAUUUCUGAACAUAAAUAGUGUAAUCAAACGACGCACUUGAUGAUGAGUUCCAUGUAUUCAGUUCCCAGCUUUCCCACCCCCACCCCUCUUCAAAAAAUCUCAGGUAGGGGAGAACCUGAUUCUGUUGGGAUAGAGGGAAUUAAACUUCCCCCUGCAUUGUUUCCCCCAAUGGCCUCAGGGAGCCACUAAUUUGCCCUGAUGCUACUUUUAGCAGCCUCCCUGUCUGAUUUUUUUAGUGAUCAAGGGACACACCUCAUGACUGAACUGUUGCUUACACUGGCAGAGCACAAGGUGUGUAACAGAAGCUGCUAUCAGGCCGUUGCAUCUACAAGUAGUGCUCAGUGUUUCCGGGAACAGCACAUUGUCUAUGGCCCUGGAGAAUACAGCAGCACCUUUUUAAAAAGCAGGAUGAGCAAACUGACUCUUCCGUAGCUGCAGGAGGGUGCUAAAACAAAUGCCUUCAACCUGCAACUAAUUCUGUGCCUCAACCCCUUUUCCCUACUUCUGGCCCGCUUGGGUGUAGCAAGCCAGAAAGGCAGUGCCUUUCCCCCCUAGGAGCUGGAACGCCCUCAGGCUGCUCCAAAGCCUCACCGUUCAGCAGGCUUAACCCUUUGAGAACAUAAGAGCUUGGACCUCAUUUUGUCACAUUUGUACAAUAAAUACUUUGAACUACAGUAUUGUGAAUUUCUUUUAGAACCUCCUGAAUUUCUUUUAAGAAGGCUGGUUUGCUUUGGCAAUUUUUAAAAUAAAUAAACGUCUCGUACUUCUGCA